CUCAAUCUCGGCCGACGGGUGGCUUCUAUUGUGCGGAAAUUGGAUGAUCAUCGACGCUUCCUCAUGGCAAUUGCAAGUGGAGACCCGCGCGGUGUCAAACAUCUUAUCAUGCAGGGAUUGAAGGAGCGCGUGAGCACGAACGAGUUGAUCAAGCGCGUCGACGAGAGUAUCGAGGGGUUCUACCAUGCUCGUGGCUAUACCGCAUUUGACUUUGAUCUCGCGCUCCUCAUCCUGCGUCUUGGUGGGCGGAAACUACUGUAUGCGAUGAACCAAUGUCUUGCUAUUCCCUCGAUUCGCGCCCUACGACGUGCACGUCGAUUCACUCGUCUCAUGCCGAGCUUUGGUCGGCCAACAAUCUCGGAGGUGCGGUGGAACCUGUCGGAGGUGCUUGGGCCAAAGAUUCAGCAGUUGAAGGAUGCCAUCCAUCACGCGACGAACCCUCCGUCUUCAUCAGCUGGCCCAGAUGCAGCCUCACGAAAGCUGUAUGGCCGUACUGGUAUCUCUGUGUGCUGGGACGAAAUCUCGCAAGAGGAGGUUGCCUGCUACUUUCCACAUGCAGACUCGGUUGGCGGCUUGUGUCGAGAGCAUUGCGGCAGGGUUGAUCUCCGGCUACGUAGCUUCCAAAGUGCCGUUAACAUCGCGGAGGAUCUGGACAAAGGCAAGGUGCAUUUCGGGAAGGAGGUGUCCGUCCUGGCUGUUGCUUCCUUCGGAGAGGAUCUUCGGGGCGCAUUUCCUGUUGCUGUGUCACCGACGUGCAAGUCGGAAACACCUGAGGAGGGUGCCGAGAUUCUCCGGACGGUCUUUGCGGCUUGGAAGGAUGAUCCAGACCUCACCGAGUACCUUGGUCCCCUGUGGACGUUUGCGUCGGAUGGAGAUGCCGGUCGCCGUGCUAUGGUAUACAGCAUGCUCAUGGCGAAGAAGAUCGAUCUAUCGCACCCUUUGUACAAGAUUGUGGGACAUCUACCAGGGCUCAACCUCAAUGUAGGGGACGACGACAUAACAGCUGAUUUCGACUGGAAACAUGAGAUCAAACGUCUUGGCCGCCUCAUGCGUACUCAGGAUGGUAUUGUGAUCGGUGAUACCAUUGUCAACUGCCACACUAUGACUCGCCAUCUCUCACGCAUCCCGCAGUUGUCGGCUGUCGCUGUCGACCGGCUCAUGAACCCAUCGGAUUCUCAGGAUGUACCGCGCGCGAUUGAUCUCCUACGGGCAAUCUCGUCACUAUCAGCCCUUCCCUUGGAUGACUACACACCUACAGAGCUGCAGGAACAUCGUGCUAUCACCAUUGUGGGAGAGAUGUUGUCUGCAUUUGUCGACGCAUUCAUCUCGCCCGAAUGGUCUCUCACGCAGCAAGUCGUUUCGCUCAGCAAGUAUGCACACAUGAUCUUCGCGCUAUAUCGACAGCACCAGGCGAGCUUCAUGCCCCAUCAGCUCUAUGGCGACACCCAAACAACAGUCAAAAACGUGAUAUUCUGCAUUGCGAAGCAGCAGCUACUUGACGGCAACCAGCGCUUCUAUCUGUAUGAUACGGGCGACGAUAAGCUCGAGGAACUCUUUGGAAACGUGCGCAUGCAGGGCGGACACAACCCGAAUUUCUCUUUCAAGCAACUCGUGGAUAGGCUUGGCGCUGCUAUUGACAUUGACGCAGUCUUCACGGCACAUCCUGAACUACACCAGGGCUCUCGUCGCCGUAAAGUCACCCGUACUGAGCAUGCCGAUCAUCUGAAUCAUGCAUCGUGGACCGGCGAUACUGUUGUUGACAACGUGAACCUUCGGUCUGCGUGGGCGGAAGGUCGUAAAGCAGCUACAAAUUCACUAUCGAAGCUCUGCAUCGCACCCGGCUUCGACGUGCUGUUCCGAAGUUCAAGCAGUUCCAUUGACAUGCUUCAGCCCAUUCGACCAGGCAAGUUUCCUGGCGUCUCGAUGGAGCAGGAUCGAUCACUGGACUCGGAGGCGCCGGCGCCGGCGAACUCGCCCGCGACCAGGACUACUAGUACAGGGACGGCACCUGGCGAGUCCGAAUCUGAGCCAGAUAGUAGCUCAUCGAAUCACGUAGCACCAGGGUGCAACACACGUACGUCCUCGAGUGCAAGCCUACAGGGUGAAUCAUCGUCUGCGGGAGGUGUCAUUAACAACUCCGAGUCCGAGUUAGGUGAGUUGGUAAUGUAAGAUGUUGUUUCAAUGAAGCUCACCUUAGAGUCGCAGAUGCUCCAAAUGCAAUCAUUAUUGAGGAGGACACAGCGAUGAACACUCACAUGCCAGAUCUCAAUGCCUCUGG